UCUCAAGUCUUAUCCCCAAGUGCUAAACACUGAGAGCAUUGAAGAACAUCAUGUCGCGCAAGGUCGUGCAAAUCGCCGCCGGAGAAGCGCACACUCUUGCACUUGCAGGAGAUGGAAGCGUGCUCUCGUGGGGGAGAGGUACCUUCGGCCGUCUGGGAACCGGGAAAGAACACGACGAGCACUCACCCGUCCGUGUCUACUUCCCUGAUGCCUCUUCCCCGGAGAAGACGAGCGAUCCGAGUGUUCAUUCAGGGAAUAGUGACAGUUCUCGACCCUUGUGUGUAGGGAUCGCUGCGGGCGCUUACCACAGCCUUGCUUUACAAGAUGAUGGGUCUGUUUGGUCAUGGGGCUACAAUACUUAUGGCCAGCUUGGCCAUAGCGAGGUGGAGAACGUAUCUCUUCCUUGUUUAGUGGAGCACUUUCAGCAAUUGAAAUCAACUGGUGUGAAGGUUUGUUCUGUGAAGGCAGGAGCAAUGUCAUCAUUUGCAAUUGAUAAUCUUGGUGGAUUGUGGACGUGGGGUAAUUGUCCUCAGCCAAGCAAUGAUGAAGACGAGGGAUUCUGCUUCUUGAGUUAUCCUUCCCCUAUGCCUGUAGUGGAUUUUUAUGGCCGCUCUGUUGUGAAGGUGGCAUGCGGAAAUGAACAUGUUGUGGCUUUGGUAACUGCAGGGGAAGUACACACUGGAGGUGGUGAUGAUCUGCUUUGUUAUUCUUGGGGUAACAACAAUCAUGGACAAUUGGGAUUGGGUGAUACUAUAAGCAGAAGUAAGCCAGAAAUUAUCAAUGUGUUCAACCAGGAAUGUCCGUGGUCGGUGUUUGACAUCUCUUGUGGAGCCUUUCAUACUGCAUUGCUUACGCAUCGAAAGUCCGGUGGUGGUCAGCAUGCUCAUUGCAUGUGCUGGACAUUUGGUCUUGGAGAAAAUGGGCAACUCGGUCAUGGAACUACUGCAAAUGAAUGUUUACCGAGAGCUGUUAAGGGAUUGCCUGAGGAUGCAGUUUUGGUUUCUCUUGAUUGUGGACUGUUCCACACUAGUGUUGUAUCUUCAGCUGGUGAUGUGUGGUCUUGGGGAAUGGAGAAAGGUCUUGGGUUAUGUCCGGAUGCUAGUUUUACAGGUGAUGAUGCCGGGGAUGCAUUGUCUCCUAUAAGAAUGCAUUGUGCUGAGGGAGUGAAGCAGGUUGCAUGUGGUGCUGCCCAUACACUUGUUGUUGCUGAUGAUGGGCAUAAGCUUUGGGCUUGGGGUAGAGGACGGAGCGGUGUGCUGGGACAUGGGAAGACAACAGAUAGUUUCAUGCCGUUUCCUGUGUUAUGGCCACGUCCUGAUGAAGACUUCAAGGAGAACAACAUGGAUGCUCAGAAUGAAAAAACAAAGCCUAGUAAUCAGGAAGCUGGAAAACUAGCUAAUACUAGUGAGGAAAUUGAAUUCCUCCGAUCAAAACUGACACUUAUGGAGCGGUAUGCAUCACUGCUCCAUGUUUCAAUUUUCAGAAAACAGUUGGAUGAUCGGAACCUUCCUCAAUCUCUUCGAGGCUCUGGUGUGUUUGAUAUUGGAAAGGAGUUGGAGACUAUAUUAGAGUCAGCAGAUGACGAUGAGCUUGCUAGAAUGCAGAUGUUUUAUAGAAACAUGCUUGCCAGUGUGAAAGACAAGCUGCUGAAGAGACGAGUGCAGGAGAUGGUUAAAGAGAGUCUUAAAUCUUUAUCUGCAGGGAGUCAUUCAUAUACAAGACCGUGAGUUACUGAUGUGAGGCCUGCUUAUUUUAUCAAUAAGAAAUGUGAAAGGGCUUACACAAGUUGCAGGUGUUUGCAUACGCAGUGAUAUAAGUGCAGGCUCGGCUGCAGCAGGGGUGACAAACCUGAACCGAACUGGGAUAUGGCAUUCAGCCCUCGCAGACUUCUGCAAACCCC